AGACAUAAUAACGUAUUAUACCUUGUGUCUUACACAACUAACUUACUACUAACCAGGGGUUACAAUCUCCUAUUGUUCUUCGUGUACCAUAGAGACCCUAUAAUAAGAGUCUGGUCACGACUCGGUUUCGUCAAAAUCCCGCGAGAGAGAAAGAGAUAGUGUCUCUCUCUCUAGCUCAGUCUUGACGCGUCUCUAACCUAACUUUACACCUUUACGUUGACGAGGUGGACGGAAUCAGACGGAAUUAAGCACGUGUGUUCAAAAUUAUUAAAAAAUGGUUGGUUGUGCAGCUCCGUUUUGUAAUAAUUCCUCCACUAAAGGUUAUACCAUGAAAGUAUUUCCCAGAAAUGCUGAACGUCGUGCCUUAUGGGCAAAACAUGUGGGACAAAUGAAUUCGACGCCAACGAACAAUUCAUAUCUCUGCGAGGUACAUUUUGCUCCAGAGAUGUGGGACGAAAAAGCUAAAAAACGAAAAUUGAAACCAGAUGCAGUUCCAACCAUAUUUGGAUUUUUUCUAAAAAAGAAAAAGCCAGUGGAAACUGAAAAUAAUACAACACAAGUAGUAACAGAUACAAUAAAUAAUAAUACAAAUUAUAAUGAAUCAGAUCAUUGUAUCGAUUCUAUUCAAUUGGAUCAACGUAUUAGUGAAAUUCAAGAGCAGGAAUGUCAGGUAAUUAAUGAUGCCACUGGAUCUAAUGAAAAAGAAGAACAACGAAAUAAGAAAUUAGAAGAGAUUAUUCGAAAACAACAACUAAACAUAAUUCGAAUGCGAAAAACAAUGAAAAGUUUGAGAUUUACUAUACAUAUAUUGAAACAUAAAGACAAUAAUGAUAAAUAUAAAAAAGCUUUAUAUUCAGUUUUUACUGAUUGUCAAGUUAAAGCUUUGUUCACUAAAAAACAAAGCGUUCAAACAUGUUCACAUAAGACAAUUGAACGUGCUUUGCAAUUAAAAUUUGUUUGUGGCUAUAACGGAUAUGAAGAACUUAUUCGUCAAGGAAUUCCACUUCCGAGUCUACGAACAUUACGGCGAAAAGUAGAAGAUUUUAAGUUCGAACCUGGAAUUUCAGAAGAAAUGUUUGACUUUUUAAAAAAUAAGAAACCUGCUUUUAAAAAUGAGACUGAUCUGGAAUGUGGAUUAAUAUUUGACGAAAUGUCCAUUACGUCAAAAAAGUCUUAUAAUCCUUCAACUGGAUCGUUCAUAGAUAAUCAAUAAAACUGAAGAAAUAGGUUACCAUGUAAAUUUCAUAAUAUCAGAUAUGGGAUCUGGAAAUACUGCAUUGUGGA